GAAGGGGGCCGACUCGGCGGGAAGGUGGGUUUUGGCCGCCGGGAGCCGGGGACCGAGCCGCCGCCGCCCCUAGCGGGGACCGCCAAGAGGAAGGGACCGCGGUCCAGGGAGGGGGCCCCAACAUGCCCAAAGCUUUCCUGGUGAAGAGGAGGAGCCUGGGGGUCUCGGCUCGCAGCUGGGAUGAGCUCCCGGAUGAGGAAAGGGCAGACACCUACAUCCCAGUGGUUUUGGGACAUCUGCUCCACGACCCCCCCGAAGACUGUCGCAGCGACGGCGGCAGCAGUAGCGGCAGCGGCAGCAGCAGCGCGGGGGAGCCUGGAGGCGCCGAGAGCAGCUCGUCCCCGCGCGCCCCCGAGCUUGAAACCCCCGAGCCCGGCGACGCGGAAGGCACGACCGCACUCCCAGACACUAAGCAGCGGCCGGUCGCCAGGUCGAAAAUCAAGUUCACCACAGGGACUUGCAGCGACCCGGCGGUCCACAGCUGUGACCUGUGCGGCAAGGGCUUCCGCCUCCAGCGCAUGCUCAACCGGCACCUCAAGUGCCACAACCAGGUGAAGCGGCACCUGUGCACCUUCUGCGGCAAAGGCUUCAAUGACACCUUCGACUUAAAGAGGCACGUCCGCACGCACACAGGAAUCCGCCCCUACAAAUGUGACAUCUGUAACAAAGCCUUCACCCAGCGCUGCUCGCUGGAGUCUCACCUGAAGAAGAUCCACGGAGUGCAGCAGCAGUACGCCUACAAGCAGCGCCGGGACAAGCUCUACGUCUGUGAGGACUGUGGCUACACGGGCCCCGCCCAGGAGGACCUGUACCUGCACGUGAACAAGGCCCACCCCGGCAGCGCCUUCCUCAAGAAGACGUCCAAAAGACUGGCGGCGCUCCUGCAAAACAAGCUGACCGCCACCUUCCAGGGGAAUGCCAACCUGAGUGAGGAGGACAAGUGAGGAGGAGGAGGGGGAGGAAGAAGAAGAAGAAAAAGAGGAGGGGGCAAGGAGACUCUAACCGUUGCCAGCGUUUACAUGGGUAGGGGGUUUGAGAGUCCCCCUCACUGACUCUGAUUUCAAGUGUUUCAUUUGUCUGGUGGGGGGUAUCCGGUGUCUGGGUGUGUUCUGACGUUUCCAUUAUAAUAAUAGCCUCAGGCCACACAGCUUCUGUCCGGCUGGACGGUCGAGUCCAUGGACUUGGUUGCACUGGCUACAGUGGCUGCCUGUGAGCACUGGCGAUGUUUUGUUUUAUUUUGUUUUGUUUUGUCUAGGAUUUUCACACAGAAGUGGAAAUGUUCUUAGAGAGACCAUCAUUUCAUGGUGCCUUGUAUUUCCACUUGAAAUGCUACACGAGCAAGUAAAAUGAAUUUUAUUAUUUGAAA